AACUUUUUUUUCUUCUUCGUCGUCUCCUCCUUCGUCUCCCUCGGCUUCUUCCCCUUCUGCGCCGAUCUCAGAGUGGGUUCUUUGCCCAAUCUUGACGGUAGCCGCGUGCUUUCUGGAGAUAUUUCUCUUUAUCUCCCUGCCGUUGUAAUUUUUGGGUCCUGUGAACAGAGAAACUGACACUGGGUACUUGAAUUGCUUAGGGAGGCCACUGGGUUCGAGCGGGGUGGGUGUAGGGUUUAGCGUCCAUUUCGUCCGCCAGGCUGCCCUGAAGCUUUGAUUUGUGCCGGUGGAACUGUGAUUUGGUGCGAGUUUUCGUUAGGGUUUUUGAAUUCGAGAUGGAGAGCCGCGCUUUGAUGAUGGAGGUGGCGUCGGGUGCGCGCGCGGUCAGGCUCAGGGCUUCCUCCGCUCUGGCCUCGUGUUCGAGCUUCAGCUCAUCCUUUGCAUUGUUGACGGCCAGACACUUCUGCAAGCAAACACCACGUAUCUCACCAUUGAGGGGUACGGUUAAGGUUGUGGGAAAUUUGGGUCAAGCCUCGGAGGGUGUCAGGAGGAGCACAUUUGGCCGAGGAUCAGUCUUUUCAUGUAGAAGUCGACCGGAAUUUCGGGGUCAAGCUACCAAACAAACCUUUUCUUCGUUUGACGAUAUGCUCGAGAAUUCUAAAGUGCCAAUGCUGGUGGAUUUCUACGCAACUUGGUGCGGACCUUGUCAGAUGAUGGUGCCGAUUCUGAGUGAAGUCAGCAAUAUCAUGCAAGAUAAACUUCGCGUUGUGAAGAUUGACACCGAAAAAUACCCUGAACUUGCCUCCCGUUUCAACAUCCGUGCACUGCCCACAAUGGUGCUUUUUAAAGGCGGAAAAGUUGCUGAUAGAAUUGAAGGUGCUUUAAGAGCUGAAGACAUUAUCGAUCGCAUCAGUAAAGUUCUAUGAUCGCACAAGCUGAUUAUCAACAUAUUCUGUUUCUUCUGAACAUUUAUAUUUCCUCAGCAGCUACAUAGUAGCGUCAUACAUGAAUGUCGUGGUGUCCAAUUUGUGGUGCUUGCUUGACUGCACAAAACUCACAAGGACAUUCGGGCAUGUGGACGCUAGCGCCUAGUUAUAUGAUGGAAAUCUAGUAGAUCUAGACACGGGAGAUACCAUGCAAGUAGUCAUUGCCUCGUUUCUUCAUGAAAUGAAACGGGUAGCUCAUUUCAGUAGAUAAGUGCAUUCUUCUCUCUUCAUUACAAGAUAUCUGGAAUUUGAAGCGCCCUCACCACAGCUUUGGUUUGGUUUGUGGAUUAGGUGAAACUCUUCUAUCUCAAUUCUCACGGAAACGUACUCCAUUACUAAUUCAACUUGGACGCAGUGAUUUAACACCAGAAGUGGGCAAACAAAUUUUCAAAGAUCCCAAGAAUUCGUUGCGACUCCUACUGCAUUUGCUAGGACAAGACUUCGCGCUGCACACUCCAAGCUUGUGCAGAUUCUGUCGUAGUGAUAUGAGGAUAUUCCUGUCCAUUCUGGCGUGUGAAACUGUGGACGAACUGGAACAACCCCGCUAUUCAAGUUUCACUAAACAUAGAUGAAGAUACGAUGUGCCAUUGAAAUAUGCAGCCAGCGGUCAUACGGAGCUGAGAAACGCAGACUCAGUUCACAAUCAGGUGCCCCCUUCAAGCAGAGCCUCACUUCAGAACAUAUAGCUUUGUACACCAUCUCAUCCAUGGAGUUCUGUAUCACAUACGAACAGACGGUGAAUGAGGUCGCAUUUAAGAUAGUGAUUGUUUGACAAGACUUACACUCACGUUAGUAGCAAUAAUUGAAAGAAAUAAUUUCUUCUAUGAAGAUUUAAGCCCUAAAUGACCUAGGUCCAAACUGGUUCGGCGGUAUCACUCUUAGAAUCGGACUUUAUUCACAAGUUUUUAGAAUGGGACUUUUUCACAGGUUCUCAUCCAUGCAGAUACCAGUCUUGGUGCUGUUUAGCCUGCUGCCCACAGGCAAUGGACUAGGUAGCACCCAAAACAAUACAAAUAAUGUGAGAUUUGGGUUCAUGACAAGCAUUUGGGAAGGUUGGUGCCAACGGUUAUAAAUUCCGUUAGCAAAAUGUAAGUUUUGAGUUUGACUCCAAUUAUUUACAUGGUAGACCA